UUUUUUUUUUUUUUAUGGCUGCAGGACAACUGUUCCAGUGUCAUCGCUCCAAUAUUAGAGAGAUAUUACCUCUCGCCAAUGUAUGGUCUGGAAUUUGCCAUUGGCUUCAUCGGAAACCUAGUGGUGGUCCUAGGCUAUAUCUUUUGCCUCCCUGCUUGGAAGUCCACAAACGUGUACCUGUUUAACCUGUCUGUGUCUGACCUAAUCUUCCUGUGUACUUUACCUGAGCUGUCCUAUAACUACGCUUACAACCAGAAGAAAUUCAAUACUUCACUAUGUGUGGUUAAUCGCUACAUCCUCCAUGUGAACUUGUACAAUAGCAUCCUUUUCAUGAUGUGGGUAAGUGUGGACCGAUUCUUGUUGCUGUGUCACCCACAGCGAGAACACAUCCUGUUGACACUCAAGGCCUCGUUGUGCAUCACCAUACUGAACUGGAUCUGGGUAAAUGCUCAAAUUGCUCCCCUCAUCGUCUUCAUUAUUCAGGACUUGGAGGACAAUGGCUGGACAGUGUGUCGUGAUUUUGCAAGCCUCGGCGUGGCCAGAGUUCUUCUGAUUUACAGCAUAGUGCUCACCAUAACUGGAUAUGUGAUGCCCCUGGUGGGUUUGUUUCUAUCAUCACAAAGGAUGGUUUCUGUACUCAUGAAAAGAGAGGAAAUGCGUAGGACAUCCUUCCAAAGGCCAGUAAGAAUUGUGAGGGCUGCGGCAAUCAUGUUUCUGGUGCUCUACACACCCAUCCAUAUAAUGAGGAUUGUGCGUAUUGCAUCUCGGCUUCCUGAAUUAAAUUUGUCACCGUGCAUCGUAGACUACAUCAAUUCGGUUUUCGUAGUGACACGGCCAAUUGCAUAUGCUCACAGUGCCAUCAACCCAGUGUUUUACUUCCUCAUGACAGACAGCUUUAAAGAAGCACUGCAAGACAAAUGGAGGCAGCUUAAAAGGAUGCUAAUGGCUGCACUAUAACCAAGUCUGACCUAUCAAGCAAAGACAGCACUGAUAAAAAUUGACUUGCUUUUAAAUCUGACUGUUGUGAAUAUUUAUUUACAGAUGGGUGACAAAUUAAAGCAAAAGCCAAUAUAAAGUGUCUUAGUAGAACAUUGCCAAAAACAUUUUCAGAACACCUUGGUAUAGAUUUUACAAGUCUCUAGAACUGUACUGAAGCAUUAUUCUUCCAAAAGAGGUUUACUUAAUUUGUUUUGAUGAUGGUAGCAAGCACUGUCUAACACUGGCAGUUGCAUUGAGAUCUGAUUACUGUAAAGAACAUAGCAUAUGAUUUACAUUUUAAUACUCAAUAAACCAUUCAGUAAGUCCUUGUGACCUGUGAAUGGGGUGCUGUCUUUCUGAAAGAGACCACUCCCAGCAGGAUAGUGACGUUUGAUCAUAGAAAAAAUUAUCAGUCAGAAGAACUCUGUAUUGAAUGCAGUGAUUCUUUUCUCUUAGACAGACAAAUUCAAACUUACACUACAACAGAGGAGGGCAGUAAAAGUAGAGAACAGAAAGAAACAUAUCAGUAGGCCUACAUUUGACAUUUCACUGUCCAAUUAUAAUUACUAUUUAGGCUUUUAAAAUAUUUUUUUCUCUAGCCAAAAAAGCAAUGUUAACUUAAUACUGUCUUCAUGAUACAUUGAUAAAUUUUAUUUCACAUUAAGGAAUUGAUAAGAUUUCAAAAACUGAUAAAGAAUUUCUUUUAAUUUGUCACCCCUCUGUAUAUAUGUAUAUAUUAAAGAAAGACAAUGGUAGUAAAAUUGCAAUGUAGCACAAAGAUUACAGAGAAAUAGGAUGUUUCAGAAAAGAGUUCUUUAUCAGUGUGUGAUAUCUGUACAUUUAUUAGUGAAGUUUAUGGAAGUUACAUUGUUCCCUGUUUUCUGUCUUGUGAUUAUAUUCACUAUAUAUCAUUAUAUUCUCUAACUUAUAUAAAGCAAUUCCUAUUACUUGGUAAAUUUAAAUGUUACAAAUAGCCAAAAUGAAUAUAGACAUGUACUAUAGAAUUAUUUGCAGACAUCUGCCUGUAGGAGGAGCUAUUGUCUCAGCAGUAAAGUAAUAUUAUUCCACCAGAACAUGUGCUGUUACU